AUGGUGGGCUCCCAGAGUGAAAUGAACUACAUACCAGCCCAGAGCAAACAGACCAUCGCUCACCCGGCCGGACAGCUUCCAGCAGUGCACUCCCUGGGUCUCUUGCAAGAAGCACUCAAACCUACUUCCCAGGAGCACACCAGGGGCUUGAAAAGCACCCAGUGCCUGAACCAGUUUCUAAGGACUCUGAUGUUUGGGGGUGUGGUAUUGGUGUUCCCGGCUUUACCUGCCCACCAUUCAAUUCACCCUACAUUUCUCUUCAGUACCUGCUGCUUAAGAAUUGUCAUUGCCACUCAGAACACUGUGGAUGCUCCCUCUGGAAAGCUGUGGCAUGAUGGCUGUGGGGCUGCCCAAAACAUAAUCCCUGCAUCCACUGGUGCUGCCAAGGCUUCAGACAAGGUCAUUCCAGAGCUGAAUGGGAAGCUCACUGGCAUGGCCUUCCAUGUUCCUAUCCUCAAUGUAUUCGUUGUGGAUCUGACAUGCCACCUGGAGAAACCUGCCAAGUAUGAUGACACCAAGAAGGUGCUGAAGCAGGCAUCUGAGGGCCCACUAAAGGGCAUCCUGGGCUACACUGAGGACCAGGUAUCUCCUGUGACUUCAACAGCAACUCCCACUCUUCCACCUUUGAUGCUGGGGCUGGCAUUGCUCUCAAUGACAACUUUGUGAGGCUCAUUUCCUAGUAUGACAAUGAAUACGGCUACAGCAACAGGGUGGUGGACUUCAUGGCCUACAUGACCUCCAAGGAGUAAGAAACUCUGGACCACCCACCCCAGCAAGGACACUGAGAGCAAGAGAGAGGCCCUCUCUCGCUCCCUGUCCCAACACUAAGCAUCUCUCUCACAAUUUCCAUCCCAGAUCCCCAUAAUAACAGGAGGGGCCUAGGGAAUCCUACUGUCUUGAAUUCCAUCAAUAAAGAUUGCUGCACGUGUGUGAGAGCACACACACACACACACACACACACACACACACACACACACAAUUUUCUUGAGUCUCCCCGUGUGUUGUGGUUAGGCCUACAAUGACAGUGGCUCUUCUAAAGGUGGACAGACUUUGUUUUCUUGGCACUAUUCUGUAAAUAAUACAGUGUGACAACUGUCACAUAGCAUUUAUAUUACAUUGGACUUAAAUGAUCUAGAGAUGACUUAAAGCAUACUGGUUGUGCAUAAACUAUAUUCA